GUUGAAAGAUUGCUAACUUGGCACGUUAAGUGUCCAACAAUUACAACUUUUAAUUUUUAGAUGCCUAUGUGGAAAAAACACCUCAGCCCAAUUGCUUACAUGGCACGUUUGAUAAAAUAAAAAUAGUAGGAUAUACACUUCAUUGUUUUUCAGAAACCCCAAAGCCUUCUUUGACCCUUAAAUCUGCAAUUUCUUCUCCAAACCUUAGAUUCCUUCUUCGACCCUUAAAUCCUCUACAAUUUCAUCUCCGAACCCUUCUUCGAUCCUUAAAUCCUCUGCAAUUUCUUCUCCGAACCCUUGAUUCCUUCUUCGACCCUUAAAUUUGCAAGUUCUUCUCCGAACCCUUGACUCCUUCUUUGACCCUUAAAUCUGCAAUUUCUUCUCCAAACCCUUGAUUCCCUCUUUGACCCUUAAAUCCUCUGCAAGUCUUUCUUCUCCGAACCCUUCUUCGACCCCUAAAUCGUCUUCCACUCUUGCUUCCUUCUUCUUCUUCGAACCCUAAAUCUUUUACACUUUGUGAUUCAUUCUUCUUCCCUUGCACCGUAUAACCUCUGCUAUUUGUCUUUUGGCUUUUGGGUUUGUGAGAAUCAUAAAAUGGAAGCUGGUUCUGCACGGAGUCCGGUUUCAGGUUUUGGUUCACUUGAGAGUGGAAGCAUGGCAGAUUCUACAGAGUUUAGAAAUGAAGAUUAUAGAUGCAAUUGUGGAUUAAAUGUUGUUAUUCGAACUUCAUUUACUUUCCAAAACAUAGGUAAGAGGUUUAGAUGUUGUCCUAAGAAGAAGUUAAUUUCUCUGUUUUUUGGCAGUGUUAAUUUCUUUGUUUUUUGGCAGUGGUUUUGGUUUUUCUCAAUUGGUUAUUUAGUUUACAAGAUUUCUAUGUAGGAUCCUUCCAAUUACUUCCAUUUCUUAGCUGAUGAGGAAAAGAUCAAUGGUAGAGCGAUGGAGUUGCUGCUGUUUUUGAAAGAUAAGGAAUGCAGAGUUAUGAAAGAGAAGGAGAAAAUAAUGCAAGAAAAAGAUGAGCUUCUGUUGGAAAAUGGACGAUUGAUGGAGGAAAAUGGGAAAUUGUUGACUGAAAAUGGGAAAUUGU